AUGAGGGUGCAUCGAGCAUCUACGAUGCUGCUUGGCUCGUUAGAUGUCAAAGCAAAAACAGCCCAGAUUUUCCAUCAACUUAUGCUUUCCAAAGCUUUGAUUGCUCAAGAGCACAAAGGAUUGUAUUCGAUACUUCCUAUUGUGAUUGAAAUUGAACUGAAUGCCAUUGGCGCGCAUAAAAUCAGUAUGCCAGUAUUGGGUGCGAAAGAAAUGUGGCAAAAAGCUGGUCGAUGGAAUGUUUUCGAAUCAGAAAUGUUUCAUUUGAGUGAUAAAACGAAUCAAGCUUUCUGUCUUCAACCAACUCAUGAAGAAAUGGUAACAAAAUUGGUUGCUGAACAAGGUAAAUUAAGACAAACUAUUUAUCCAUUAAUGCUUUAUCAGACGGGGCCAAAAUUUCGUGACGAGACUGUUGUUGGACAUGGACUCCUUCGUAGUAGAGAAUUUUUGAUGAAUGACCUGUAUUCCUUUGAUGUAACAGCAGAGAAUGCCUCGUAUACUUACAAUCUUGUCAGUGAAGCGUACCGACGAAUAUUUCGUGAUCGUCUUGGCAUUAAUUUUUAUAUUGUUCGAGCCGAUGCUGGAAACAUUGGUGGGGACAUAUCACACGAGUAUCAUUUACCAUGUGAGACAGGCCGCGAUAGUAUUGCUUACUGCGCAAAAUGUAGUUUAGGUGUAAAUCAUGAUUUGUUAAAACGUGGUGAAAAGCCUUGCUGCUGCAGUGAGGAAUGUAUUUCGACUGUUGAAACGAUUGAAAUAGCUCAUACAUUUCAAUUAGGGGACUUAUUCACAAAAAAGUUUGGGGCAAAACAUAAUGGACAGUCAUUGAUAAUGAACUGUUUUGGAAUCGGCAUUGGACGUAUGAUAGCAGCCUUAAUUAACUCAAUGUCAUCCAGUACCAGAGCUCUUCGUUUACCGUAUGCACUGACACCAUUUAAAGUGGCCGUUAUUCUACCAAACAAAACUCAAACCAAAACGAUGGCAUUUGCUCAAGAUGUUAUUGAUAGUCUCAAUCAGAUAUCAUCUCUACAAGAUGACAUUUUUGUUGACGAUCGAUUGGAUAAUUCAAUUGGAAGGCGACUACUUGCAGCUGCAAAUUUAGGUAUUCCUCACAUACUGGUAAUUGGAAAUCAGACUGCUCGGACGUUGACUAGCAAUCCAACUGUGGAAUAUUAUAAAACAGAAGCUUAUAGUGAUGAACCGAUCAGUGUUGGAGAUGUUGAAUACGCUGAAAUUUCAAGAAUAAUUGCAAACUUACUUGUUCUAUUGGCUUGGAUGCAUUAUGGCUUUGAAUUAUUCUCAUCGGCUAAGGGAGUACGCUUCUCAUCCAUAAUCAAAAUUUUUUGGGAAAGAUUGCGUAUGAACAGGCCAUCGUCGAUGCUUACUAUUUCGAAUAAAGUUCGAGGAAUUACUGUUCUUACGGAUAAUGAGAAAAAAUUGUUCAGCAAAGAAAUCACUUUACCGAUUGUAGUUGUACCGCCGAAAAUUAUCAAUCGACUAAUUGGAUGCAAGGAAAUAACAAAUAAGACAGUAGAACGAUUUUGUAGUAAAAUUAAGCCUGUCAUUGAUAUGUCAGACGAAAACAAGAAAGCCAUUGUAUUUAAUCCCGAAAAAAUGGAUGACAAUACAAGAAAUGUUGUUUUGAAAACUAUAGAAAACUUAACGGGAGUUAUAACCAGAUUUGAUUCUUACAAUGUGGUCUUGAAUUAUGAUGAUUGGCCUGUGAAAUCAUGUAUUACUGCAGUUUUGCCGAAGGGACUCGAGUUCAGGACGGUUGUUAACAAGUUGGAUGCAAUCGGCCAUAAAUAUCGUACAUUUGAACUUGAUUUGCUAGCUGGUGAAGAACAUUACAAGACUGAGGUCCAUGAGGAAAAACUUCGUUACCAGUUAGAUUUUAGUCAGGUAUUUUAUAAUCCAAGAUUGAGCACAGAACAUAAAAGAAUAGUGCGAAAAAUUGGUAAACAAUCAAUUUUUUAUGAUUGCUGUGCUGGGAUCGGACCUUUUGUUUUACCGGUGGUAAGAAAUGGUGCUCAUCACGUUUUAGCAAAUGAUCUAAAUCCGAAUUGUAUUGAUUAUCUCAAGCAAAACAUGGAGCUCAAUCAUUUAUCAUUCGAGCGGUUAAAAUUAUAUAAUAUGGAUGCAGCCAUAUUUAUCAAAACUGUUCUUGCAGAUGACCUAGCGAGUGAAGCAGAAAAAUACAAUAUAUCUGAUUCUAAAAAUAAGGCUCCCACAGAUGCACACGUUGUAAUGAAUUUGCCAGGCAUGUCCUUACAGUUCCUUCCUUAUUUUCGAGGAUGUCUACGUGAUAAACCCAAUUUGUCAGACAUUACCCUUCCAUUUCCGUUCUACGUGCAUUGCCAUUUUUUUGUGAAAGCACCGGAUGAUCUGGAAGAUAACUGGUACUUCAGUGAAGCGCAAAAUUUGAUACGCAAGAGUCUUGGUGUCUCGAAGUUAAAUUUCACUGAAGUGCGUCUUGUUCGAAAUGUUGCUGGGCGUAAGAAGAUGUUUUGUGCCACAUUUCAAUUGCCUGACGAAUUUCUGUUUUCUUCUGAUACCCAGAAAUUGGGAGUUGAAGAAGCCAACAGUAAGGAACCGAAAGAAAUAAAAGAAUGCAGCGAUAAGAGCAGUAAUAAUGAGCGAAGUUGUGCUCAACGAACAGUUUGUGAAAUACGGAUUGAGGAAUUAGAACCUCAGCUAAAGAAAAACAAAUUUCGGAUUGAUCGUGUGAUGUAUUUUGGUCCCGAGUUAGCUUGCUUAGAAUGGCUAAUGGAAUGCGGCUCUACUGAGGUUAUAAUGAGUGAUGGAACAUCAAUCACCUGCAGAGCAGACAUGCGUCGUUAUAUCAGUGAUUUUGGUUUCAAUAUUAGAAGCAUUCCGAUUCCUACGAUUUCCUUUAAAUGGAGCCCAGUGUUGCCGACAAUUAGUACGAAAAAACUUGAUGCGAUUUAUGAAAUGCGAUGGGCUAAGAAGCCGAAUACAUAUGUUGUUAAGGUCGAUGCGACUGAUUCAGCUGUUGGUGAUUCAGGCUUCCAGUACUUCAAAGAAUGCCGACAAAUAGAAAUCUUGAAAUUGAAUUUUUGUGACUUCUUCACUGAUAGAGCAAUUGAACAUCUUGUUUCGGGGCGACCUUCACGAACUUUGAGGAACAUUGAGAUUGUCGCAAAUCCUUACAUCAGCGAUAAUUUCAUCAAAGGGAUUAAACGAAUACGCGGAUUACAGCGAGCGCAUUUUUAUUUUCUGCCAUGCGUAGCAAAACAAGCAAGUGCAGUACAAAGUUUAAAAGCCACUUUGCCAUGUUGUAGAGUUAGUUUUCCAGAGCUAAAAGAAGUCGGUUAUGGAUAUGGUUGUAGUGUCGAGGAUAACAAUGUAAGUGUCCAUAAAACCGAAGCAGCAAGCAGAUAA